GUUCAAACUUGUUGCCAUCGAACCGCCAACAACUUUCUCGCCAACACACAACUGCCAUGUGCCCGACUGAACAACGUAUUAACGUCACUGCACACAGAUACGUGUUGCUGCAACGUGACCACAGCGCUACGCUAAGAACCCGAACAGUAUUGGCCAAAGUGAAAGAGCUGACGGCGAGAAAGCUUUUCUAUUCAAUUGCGUUUUGGCUGUCUAAGCUAACGGUUGUCUUGAAAAUCUAACAACGGAUAAAACUAGAAAAACACAAAAUAAAUAUAUUAAACGCUGAGAGAGAGAUAGAUACGUGAAUAAUAUAAACAACAAGUCCGAAUAAGUUUUGUAGAAUACAAAUAAUCAGAAAAAAAAGAACAAAAAAUCAGUUAAGAAAAAAAACAACGUGAGCGUAACGUGUAACGUAAUAAAUACCUUAUAUGGACGUUUUUUAAAUGGACUCGCAAGAAAUCUAGAACUAGAACGGCCAACAACAAAAAACAUUGUUUUUCGUGGAAUCAUCAUCGCCAGGCAUUAUCGUUGUAUCGACGAGGUGCAUUUGAGUGCCGGUCGGGUAAUAAAACCCCAAAAGUCUAAAACGCAAAUCUUGGCCAAAACAAUUCUUGGUAAAAAAAUGGAAUCAUCCUCAUCAAAAUAAACAACAGUUCAUGUGAAAAGAACGAAAGAAAGAAAGAGAGAAAUCCCCUCACCAACAAAAUUGUGAACAGCAAAAAAAAAAAAAAACAAAGAAUUGCAGCAGCAAUUCUCUGAUGUCGUCUGCAAAUCUGAAAACAAAUUUCAAACAAAGUGCAAAGAACUUUAGAAAAUGUGACAAUUGAAAUAAAAUAAAAAAAAAUAUAAAAUCAAUUUUUGAAUAAACAAAUCACAGUUGAAUGGACUGAAUGUCUAACUUGAGUGUCGGACGUCUCAAAGAAAGAAAAAACAAUAACAACAACAAAAACACACCAAAAUCAGCAAUGCGCAAUUAAUUUGAAAUUGAAAUUUUGAAAUUGCCUAAAAACAAACAACCCAUACAUUGACACACAAAAGUGAUUUAAUGCACACAUGUGGAAAAUAUUGAAAACAAUUACAAAACCUGAACAACAGCAACAACAACGUAUUUUCUCAGCAGAUAAUUGAGUUUCAAUAAAAUGUCGAUUGUCUGCACUUUGGAGCAAAAAGUGAAUUUAUUUAAAGGUCCUGUGGCUACCAAGAAUUUACUUAUUUUAAAGAAUAACAUUAACAACAAUCCACAAAUAACACCAGCAGCAACAACAACAACAACAACAGCUAAUUCAACAACUAACAGCACCAACAACAAUUAUUCAUCAGCUGUUACAACCUUGCCCUCAGGCAAAUUACUAACGGAUAUUAAAAGCUCUUCGUCGUCAUCAGGAGCACCAAUUUCGGUGUCAUCUCUGAAGGAAAAAUCUUUGAUUUCAUCGGCGCCCAAUCAUCUGAUUAAGGGUCAGGAUUUCAAGAAUCGUUUAACUGUAACACCCACCACGGAGCUGCUACAGUUACAUCAGCAACAACAACAGCAGCAGCAGCAACACCAACAACAUCUUCUAUUAACGGCCGCAGCAAAUAUGCCAGAAGUACUGCAAGCCGCAGCUGCCAACAGUUUGACAAGUAACUCCACAAAGUAUCACAGCAACCCAGCCCAAGGCCUGGUAACACCGGCCACUGCUGCUGCCAUGGUUCGUAUGUCCACCAUGUCGCCCACACUUUCGAUGAACGGCAGCUCCAAUGAGGCCACAAAUGUUCACAGCCUAUCCAUGUACAAUGGACCGGUUAGUCCCCAAUCCAGUGAUUCGGGCCACAGCAUGUCCGACAUGCAGCACAACAAUUACAUGAACUAUAACCCCGAUUUCACGGGCAUGACCAAACAGCAGGUCAGCGCCGCCAAGGAAUUAUUUUCGCAGCGCAAACAACGAGAAUUCACACCCGACUGUAAAAAAGAUGACAGCUACUGGGAUCGUCGUCGGCGCAACAAUGAGGCGGCCAAGCGCAGCCGUGAGAAGAGACGUUACAAUGACAUGGUUUUGGAACAGCGCGUGGUCGAACUGACCAAGGAGAACCAUGUAUUGAAAGCCCAAUUGGAUGCUAUCAAGGACAAAUUUAAUAUAUCCGGUGAAAACCUUGUGAGUGUGGAACAGAUCUUGGCAUCUUUGCCCACCAGUGAACAGGUUUUGAGCACCACAAAACGCUCCAAGCUUUCCACGCCCGCCACCAAUUUCAAUGGCAAUGCCAACUAUGGCACCUCCGGCAACAACCUGCAAACUCAAAGAUCCUCAGUGGAUGUCCUCAGUUCCUCCCACAAUGACAAAUUGACCGCCCAAGGUGUUAUCAAGCCGAAUGGUGCAGUGGCGGCGCCAUCUGUGAAUGGAGUUUCUCCCCUGCAUCAUCUGCCCUCCGCAAUAAAUGCAGCUGCCGCAGCCGGUCAUCAGCCCAGCAUACAGGCCACCCAGGCCUUAUAUGUGCCGGCAUCAGCAGCUUCAGCUGUUUAUGUUCCCGCCAACAUAAACGAAAGCCUAUCGUCCAAUACACCUCCCCACCAACACCAUUCAGUGGUAGCUGCCGCAGCAACCACCACAACCAGUCUCGUCCCCACACAAACGCCCACUCCAAAUCUACAGAAUUUACACGUCCUUCAAGCCCUGAAUAGGAACUGUGAUUUUGAGAACAUACGCAAGGUUGUGGCAGCUGCCGCUGUUGCCAGCAAUGCUGCUGCCGCUGAUCUACCGUCCACUGUGAGUGGCCUGUAUGUCAAUCCCCAGGGAGCAGCAGCUGCAGCCAUCUAUGCCGGAGCCACACAGCAUGUCCACAACCCCUUGUACACAAAACUCAGCAAGGAAGAGCACAGCUACUUGUCAGCCACAAUGGUAGAGGGUCCAAUUGUUAGCUCCAGUGCUGGUGACUCGGUCAGCUCUUCGUCGCCCCGAGAAACAGCCAGCGUUUUGAAUCUGUCACGCCGAGCCAGUAGCCCCACAGCCUAUGAGCAUAUGCUGUCGUCCACCACACCAACAUCCUCUCGUCUGUCCUCCGCCAUGUCAUCGGCAUCGUCUUCGGGCGCUGUUUCGGGUGAUGAUGACCAUGAGGCCGACAAUGAAAUGACCGAAGAGACUAAUGAACACAACCUCGCCAGUACCACAACAAGUCCUCACAGCAACGACUCCAACAACUGCUUGCCUCUAAAGCUAAGACAUAAAUCUCAUUUGGGUGAUAAGGAUGCUGCUGCCACAGCCUUGUUGGCCUUGCAGCACAUCAAACAGGAGCCAAUCAGCAAUCGGGCAUCACCACCAGCCUGGGCUGAUAAUUCAGGCGACAAUUCAAGUGAUGAACGCGACUCGGGCAUCUCAAUACCCAGUCCCGAAUGGGCCGCCCAGUUCCAAAGAAAGGAUACCUGUACGGCCACAGCAGUGGUAACGGUGACACCCUCAGAGAGGGAGCACAUACUGAAGUCCAAAUUGGCCCGACUGGAAUCCGAGGUGGCAACCAUUAAAAAUGAUUUAUACAGCCGAUCGAAGUGUUGUACAUAAAUUGAGAGUGACACAAAAAGAGAGUAAAUGCGAGAGAGAGAGCGAGACAGAUUGUUUUGAGGUCAUGUUAAAGUUUUCACAUUGAAAAAUGAAAUUGAACCCCUAAAAAAGAAAAGGCAUACCUUUUACUAAAAUUCUUGCAAAACUUUUCGAUUUAUUUAUUUCGUUUAGAAUACAAGGAGAGAGAGGAUAGACAAUAAUUAGACAUGUUAGGAAUAAAAAGAAAAACAAACAAAAAACUAAUUUUUGAGAAAUACAAACAAAAAACGCAAGAAACUAAUAAUUGCUAUGGCUGAUGAAGGAUUUUGAAGAAACUGGAAAAAAACUGAAUACCUUUUCUAUUUUGUUAUACGCUUUUUAUAGUUUUGCCCAAAAGAAAAGCAAAACAAAAACUGUACUCGGUUUAUGUUAUUAAUUUGAUGGAGUGAGCACAACUCCUGAUCUCAAUGUUUACUAAUGAAGAAAAAAUAAAACUUGAUUUCAAACUUUGUACAUCAUUUCAAACAAACAAAAACAAACAAUGGUAUUAACAACAUUUCAUUACAUACACACAAUUAUAAUUAUUAUUAUUAUUACUAUUAUUAGAAAAAAUAAAUGUUGUUGUAAAGUUUUGGAUUUUUUUUUUAAUUUGUAAAUUGUAAAUGGGAAUUCCAUUAAAAGAAAAAUGGUACAUUCCCUACUCUAAUGUGGAUGCAUAUACAAAUAUACAAAUUUUAUUAAAUAAGAAAUCCUAAUUAGUUUCUUAAUUAUAUUAAAAAAUGGGUUUUUUACUUUACCCCAAAAAACAUUAACACUGUGCUACAGGCCAACUACAAAAUUGCAAUGUGAUCGAGCAUAAGUACUCAUCCUGGAUAUGGAUGAUUCGUUAAAGAUUUUUAUUUUAAAGAAACCUUUAACUGCUCAACAGAAUCUUGAACCCUUUGCUGCAAAAAUGUAUUUUUUUGUAAUAUAAUUUUGUUGUUGCAGCACAGUGUGGUUUUGUGUAAAAAAUAAUUAAUUAUGAAUGCAUUCAACUGUAACCACUGGCAUUUUGUGGUUAUUUCUAAUUAUAAUAAUUAUGAAAUAAAAAUUUAUAAAUUUUUAUUAGUUUCAUGGAAAAAAAACUUCCUAUUAAUAAAAAGUAAAUUAUAUCUUAAAAAAAUAAGGACAAAACAACUUUACUUAUCUCAAUAUUUUCUUUGUGGUAUUUCUUAUAGAUUACAAUAAGUUUUAUAUAAAAAUAUGUAUGUAUGUUUUUUUUAUUUUUUAAGUUUUAUUUGAUAAGAAAACAAAAUGUUCUAUGUUUUUAAGAAAUUGACAAAAAAGAAGUUUCCUUAUUUAGCAUUAUGUAAAUAAAAAAGUUUAAAUGUUACAACAAACAAAUUACUAUGACAUGUAAAUACAAGAAUUACACUAUGACAAACCAGAUUAAAUGGCGAGUAUAUAUUAAAAAA